CGUCCUGCCUUCACCACAGUGUUGUAAAAAAUGGCUGAAGUUGAUUUCGGCGACAGUGAGCUCUUUGAGCAGCUCGAUGACUCUGCACCGCCGACCGUCCCCACGCAUAUUCGCUUCACAUUCAACGAUGAGGAAGAACAGGAGGAGACGAGCCAGCUCCCGAGCCGGCUUGAGGAGUGUGAUGAACACAUCCAGAGACUCACCGAGGAGAAUAAAGGUUUGAGAAGGAAACUGAACAUCAUGGCACGACCAAGCGGCAUGCAUAUUGAAGAUGCCAACAUGGACGGGCCAGCUCUUCAAGUCCUUUAUGCAAACAACAUUAUUUCAAAGCAAUGUCGUCAAGAAAUUGAAGAUUGCAUCUGCAAUUUGAUUUUUAAGCACCAGAACCCGAGCAAUGAAAAGAGAACAUCCAUCAUUCAAAUGACACCUCAGAAUUCAGCCUUUGCUAUGGAGGAAGAUCUGCAGAAGUCUCCUUCCAGCACUGUAAAAAAAACAACUGAAGCCUUUAAAGUGGUGGGAAGUGUGUUAUAUUUCACUACCUUUAGUGUUGACAGACUUGGACAGCCUCUGUUAAAUGAAAACCCCCAGCUGACAGAUGGAUGGGAUGUUCCAACCUAUCAACAGGUUUUCAACCAAGUCGUUGGCACAGAUAUUGAAAUGAAAGAAAAAAGACCCAAGUCAAUGUGUUUCAACUGUGGUUCGAGUGGUCAUCAGCUGAGAGACUGUCCCAAGCCCAAAGACAUGGCUGCAAUUAAUGAGCGAAGAAAGGAGUUCAAUCAGAACAGCAACCAGUCCAUGCAGAGCAACCAGCGGUACCACGCUGAUGAAGUGGAGGAACGCUUUGCGAAAUACAAGCCUGGAGUCAUGAGUGAGGAGCUGUUGACAGCUCUUGGAAUUGAAGGAAACACCCUGCCUCCUCUCAUUUAUCGAAUGAGGCAGAUGGGAUAUCCCCCAGGCUGGCUCAAAGAGGCAGAGAUGCAAGAUUCUGGCUUGACGAUGUAUGAUGGGAAUGUUCCAAAUGAAGGUAACACAAAAGACAAUUCCCAAAACAUCUCUUAUGAUGUUUCCAAACUGGUGGACUUCCCCGGUUUCAAUGUUUCUGCACCACACACAAUGAAAGAUGAGUUCAUGCAGUAUGGUUCAAUUCCAAUGCAGACCAACCACAUGAAGCCAAGCUAUGCAGCUUACCUGUCCAGCAACUUCCCUAUGCCUGGAGCCAGCAACAAGAGGCGCCAUGAAUCAGAGUCAUCUCCGCACCAAAAGAAGAGGACGAGGCCCAGUCCUGAUCAGAGCUCUGACAGGAGCUCCGACAUGGAUAUUGAGUCUGAUCCAGGAACUCCUUAUUAUCAAGGCCCAGGUGACUUCCAGUUCCAAACACCACUCCCCCCUGGCUCCCCUUGCUACGAUUCUCCUCCUCCUUUACCUCUGGGCACUCCUCCUUCAACACCCACUCCCCCACCUCUCCCUAAAGGUACACCUCCUCCCACGCCAACCAACGGAUCCCCAGCUCUGCGGAGGCGUAGCUGGGUAGUAGUGGAUGAGACUGUACCGGCAACAGAGGAUGAGUUGUCAUUGGAGGAACUGGAGGAGCAGCAGAGGCUGAUUUGGGCCGCACUAGAAAAUGCUGACACUUCCACUAACAGUGACUCUGAGACACCUGUAGUGGGAACACCUGUACCUAGUUCACCAAGUGUGUCCAUACCGCAUGUUGACACGGAAACGGAGGAGGUGGAAGAAACGAUGGACACAACGACACCCGCAGAAACUUGCCCUAGCAGUGAAAUUCAAAAGAAGCCCGUGGUUCAAGAGAUUAAAGCUAAGAGCCCCGAACCAGUCAAAGCACAAGAAGAAAUCCUGCAGUGUCCAGUUCCAAUCAAAUCCCGGGAUGACAGCCCGCAGAGCCCUGACCCAAUGAAAUGCCAGGAUGAAAGCCCUCAGAGCCCUGCUCCAAUCAAAUGCCAGGAUGACAGCCGGCAGAUUCCAGAUCUCGAUCCCUCUAAUGCUGGAGAUUGUGCUUCUCCUCAGCAUGACGACAAGAUAUCAGCUGUUCCUCAUAGAAGCAGGUUUGCAGCUGGCAUCGUUCAGUUUGAAGAUACACCAGAGUACACUGAAGUCGCUGAAGCCACAGGGACAUACCUUAAGAUCAGAGACUUGCUCAAAAGCUCCCCUCGAAGUAUCGCGAAGAAAAAAUAAUAAUGGACCAUCUUCAUUUGGAUCAUAGCAGGGAUGCAUCAAUAUUUUUUUAAUACAAACUUGACCAUCUUAUAAAGCAUUUAUUUAGUUGUUAAUUGUUUUUUACCAAGUUGAAUGUCUAUGCUGUGUAUACACAUUUUCUCUGUUAAGAUACAAGGGGGGGGGGCAUUAAGGGAUGCUGCAACGGAAAAUGUUUGUAGGUUUUGACCAAUUAGUCAUUUUUUUCUAGCAGUUGUGUUACUCAUGCUGUUAAUUUUAUUGUACAAUUAUAAAAUGGUCCUUUCCUGAACUGUAUUCAUUUUAAUAUUAUGCUGUUUAAUGGGGUUUUCUAUUUUUGUCCCACUGAAAUUGCUCUAAACCAUUCAGUAAACAGGCUUUCAAUUG